AUGGCAGCCGAUGGAGCGUCCUCCAUAAGCGUCACCGUACGAGUACGGCCCUUCACAAUCCGCGAAGCAGCCCAGCUCCAGAAAUGCGACGAUCAGACACUGUUUCUCGGGGACGGGUCUCUGGCGGGGACGCCAGCGCCGAAGCUCCACCAAAAGGGCAUUCGACCCGUUAUCAAAGUCAUUGAUGAGAAGUGCUUAGUAUUCGAUCCUCCCGAGGAUAACCCCGUUCAGAGAUUUUCGCGAUCAGUAGUCCCCCAGGGCAAGCGCACGAAGGAUCAGACGUUCGCGUUUGACCGCGUCUUCGAUGAGAAUACCACGCAGACGGAUGUGUAUGAAGCUACGACCAAAGGCCUGCUCGACAGUGUUCUGGAGGGGUACAAUGCUACAGUGUUUGCAUAUGGCGCGACGGGGUGCGGCAAGACUCAUACAAUCACGGGAACGGCACAAGCUCCCGGUAUCAUCUUUCUUACCAUGCAGGAAUUGUUCGAGCGGAUCAAUGACAUGCAAGAAGAGAAAGUGACGGAGGUCACGCUGUCUUACCUGGAGAUCUACAAUGAGACAAUCCGCGACCUCUUGGUCGAGGGUGGGAGCAAGCAGCCGCUUAUGCUGCGCGAGGAUGCAAACCAAGCCGUAUCAGUGGCGGGCCUGUCCAGCCACCGCCCGCAGAAUGUCGCAGAAGUCAUGGACAUGAUUAUCCGUGGCAACGAAUACCGUACCAUGUCUCCUACAGAGGCCAACGCAACUUCGUCGCGAUCACACGCCGUCCUCCAGAUCAACGUCGCAUCUCGGGAUCGGAAUGCCUCUGUUAACGAGCCGCAUACAAUGGCCACGCUAAGUAUCAUCGAUUUGGCCGGUAGCGAGCGAGCCAGUGCCACGAAGAAUCGCGGAGAGCGCUUGAUCGAAGGUGCCAAUAUCAACAAGUCACUGCUCGCGCUCGGCAGCUGUAUCAACGCAUUGUGCGACCCGAGGAAGCGGAAUCACGUCCCGUACCGGAACUCGAAGCUCACGCGUCUUCUGAAGUUCUCUUUAGGAGGGAACUGUAAGACCGUGAUGAUAGUUUGCGUCAGCCCGUCGAGCGCACACUAUGAUGAGACCCAGAAUACCUUGCGCUAUGCCAAUCGUGCGAAGAACAUACAGACCAAGGUCACGAAAAAUGUCUUCAACGUGAAUCGACAUGUGAAGGACUACCUUAAGAAGAUCGACGAGCAGAGGCAGUUGAUUGACGAGCUGAUGAAGAAGCAGAAGGACUUUGAGGGAAGCGCAUUCGCGAAGUUCCAGAAGCAGAGCGACAAGAGGGAGGGUAUUCUGCGGGACGCCAUUCAGAGGUUGCGGUCGGCUUACAACGAGUCCGCGAACGAGCGCAACGACAGGAUGCGAAUAAUGAAGACGUUGAGGCAGGCAGAGAAGCGGAUUUCCCUCAUUUCGUCUUGGAUCGCUGCGUUCGACAAUAUUGUUGAGAUGCGCGAGGGUGAAGAGAUUCCGGAAGUUCUGCAAAAGAUGAGGCAGGAAGCCGUUGGUGUGUCGGCCGAACUGGAACAGACGCGCCAGCAUUGUCAUAGGAAGAUAGAGAAGACCUACUGGACCACCAAGUUGGACACCGCGCUCAAGAUCGGAUUGGGCCAGCUAAAAGACAUAGAAAGCUCGGAAGAUGGCCAUGACGCAGGUAAUCUUCGGAGGGAGUACGAGCUCUUGAAGUCAUUGGCGGACCAGCAAGCGUACCAUGAGCUACUGGAGCAAGAGAAGGGCGGAGACGCGGCUAUAGUCCAAGUUCUUUUGCAGGCGCAUUUCGAGACAGUGACCAUUCUUAGCCAGAUCACAAUGAUGGACGAGCAGGAAGCGGUUCAGGUGGCACGGAAGAUCCUCACGAAACUUAUCAACUCCUGCAACAGUGCGACUGCGCAGGCCAUUCGCCCGGAUGGCAGCCUUCCAGUCACGGAAUUCUUCCCACCAACGCACAAAGGCACGCCGAAACGGAGGAAGCCCGUUCAUAUUGCAGAUCCUUCCCCGGUGCGACCACUGGCCUUCGCAGCCCCUUUACCAGGUGCCGUUGACGCAGCCCUCCCAAGGGAUUCCCCAGUGAAGGCCUCCCCGCGUCGUCGAAAGAUGGGUGGAGUAAGGAAAGGCGUCAAUGUCCAAUUUACGCCAAAGAAGAAGACUCCAUCCAAAGCCAAGCGCGGAGUGAGGUGGCGAGACGAAAAUGAGAAUGGCAUUCUGGCAGAGUUCAAGACUCCAGAACAGGUGGUUUCCACGCCAACGGCUUCUUCCGUAGAACUUCCGCCGGUACCACAGUCGAUCGCCGUUCCCGCGACGGAGCCGCAUAACAACUCUUCACCGAUUCCAACGCCUCCGAAAACGUCGAUGGACCUGAAGCCACGAUCGAGCCGCUUCCAAGCUGGUUUCCUGCUGAAAAAAGCAGAUGGGUCACCGAACCCGCCUGUGAUGCACACGUUCUCCUCAGAUUCCGAGCGCUCUCCGCUCUCCCCUUUGCGGGAGGUGGAGACCAACAUGCUCCGCCCCUCAGCAUUGAGUCGUAUUGAGAACGCCGACGCCCAAUCAUCUAGCUCCGAAGAUGAGAGGAUGUCGGUGGACUCCAACGACGCUCGCAAAAUCGGCUCCAUCAUGAAACGGCGCUCGUCCGCGAACCAAGCGAACAUUGCAGCCAUCAACCGCGCCCACCGUCGUCGCAGUCCAACGGCAACGAGCUCCCCGCCCAACGAGAACGCAAUGUUCUCUGCCAGCGCGGCACGCCGUAUGGUCAAGAGCGAGCGCGACGGGGAGUGGAAGAACAGCGUUCUGAGCCCCAGGUCCGCGCCAAUUCUGAAGGGGGCGGCGAGGAGGACGACGAUGACAGGGGCUGGGGGAGAUGGGUCGGUUCUCAAGAGGGAGCCCGUUCGGGUGGCUAGUGGUGGCUCGAGAGGGAGCCUUAUGGGGAACGCGAAGAGCGUGUGGCGGUGA